CUGUGCUCAUCAAGGCGUGAGGGACAUAAGCAGGCAUGUGGAAGGCAAGGGACAUCGGGCCAAAGAACAGUCUCUAAACUCAGUCAGCAGUAUUGCACAGUUCUACGUGCCAGAAACUUCUGUUGGAGGCAUGAGUGUACAAGAGGCCAAGGUACAUACAGUACAGUGUAGCACAGGAAAACUAAAAAGCUGGCGGCAAUGUUUGAUGAAUUACAUUUCUCUUCAAAUUGAUGGUCAUAUUACCUUGAAAACGUAUUUAAGGUUAUGAGGUAUGUAAUCAGUUGUUUCUGUUGCAGACCAGGAGGGCUGAGGUGAAGGUUGCUGUUGCAAUGGUGCAGCACAAUGUUCCCUUUGCCGUUGCUGACCAUUUCAGCCCCUUGUACAAAGAAUGUUUUAGAGACUCCCCUACAGCUCAAGGCUUUAAGAGCGCAAGCACAAAAACAACGUGCCUCAUAAAUGAAGCAGUGGCACCUCAUUUUAAGAAGGAACUGGUGAUGAAGAUGAGAGAGAAUCCCUUCACACUUGUCACAGAUGGCUCGAAUGAUACUGGUCUAGAGAAGAUGAAUCCUCUCACUGUCAGAAUUUUUGACACCAACAAAGUUGUGCACAGGUUCCUUGAUAUGUGCACCACCAGUGGGAGGAGCUGUGGCACCGCUGAAGUGAUCUACACAAAAAUCAAUGACACCUUGCAGGAAAAUGACAUCCCUUGGAGAAAUUGUGUAGGUCUCUCUAUUGACAAUGCCCCUGUAAAUACAGCUGCCAGAAAUUCAAUCUCAGCCAGAAUGUUGAAGGAAAAUGGCAGUAUUUACAUCCAUGGAUGCCCCUGUCAUAUCAUCCACAACACUGCCAAACAUGCGGGGCAGAAGUUUAUGGAAAUAUCCGGAUUUGAUCCAGAGGAUCUGACCGUGGAUGUUGGGUACUGGUUUAAAGGAAGCACCAACCGUAAAGGUUACCUGGCAGAUGAGAAACAACCAAGAUUUAGAAGGCUGGUGGAUGCAUUUUCCAACCCCCUGACUGAAGUCUACCUACUCUUCUAUCAAGCGACGCUGCCAGUGUUCACCCUACUGAACCUCCUCUUCCAGAGAGAAAGGUCUUCCAUCUUUCAGCUCCACGGAGAGAUGACAAAGUUCAUCAAGAAACUGUGUGCGAAGUUCAUGAAGCCGUCAGCACUACAGGGCCGACAAGUCCAUGUCAUCCUCUACAAGGACCCACUAAACCAACUGCCAGGAGAAAAACUAAAUGUUGGCUUCACCACCAGAGCUACCCUCAAUAGGCUCCUUGAGGCUGGAGACAUCACACCUCAGGAGGUGCAGCUAUUCCAACAGGCAGCACUGGCAUUUCUGGUCAGGGCUGUGGAGUAUGGCAUCAAUAAACUCCCUCUGAAGGAGGCUCAUCUGAGGCACACAAGAUUUGUGGAUGUGCAGCAGAGGACUGAGUGUGGGGUGGAAGAUGCCUUAUACUUUAUAGACAGAUUUCAGGAACUAUUACCUUUCCAUGGGCCGGAGGAACAGGACAAGGUGUGUGAGGAGUUCCUGGAAUAUCAGCUGAUGGAUAUCCCAUGCCCCAAGAUCCCACCACCUUUAAUGUUGAGGAGUUUUGGGGGAGUAUGUCCUCAAUCAAGUGCAAGGUGACCGGUUUGAGCCAGUUGAGCUCACUAAAAUAGCUCAACUUGCUCCCUCACUCUAAUGCCGACGCGGAGAGGGUUUUCUCGAUGGUUGGACUGAACAAGACAAAAACUAGGAACAGCUUGGCCCUAGAUGGAACACUGUCCUCCAUCAUGACAGUGAAGAUGGCAGGCCUGGAACCAAACUGUUUCAGA